GCUCACGUUGGGAGAUAGGGAAAGCCCGUCACUUGUGUCUGCUGAUAAUAGCAUAUCAGCCAGAGCACGGCUAUCGGGAGAGCAGAGCACAAGGCAGUGCGGAGGACUGAGCUGCUGAGAAUGGCACACUAGAAAGACAGGCACACUCAGAGAAACGCACACACACACACACACACACACAGAGAAAUAAAUCAAGGGAAGACAGAGCGCAUCAAGACGCUCACUGAGAAGAGGAGGACAGAGAGGGGAGCCGAGCAGUUGAAAGAAGAGAGGAGAGGAAAGUGAGGAGGAGAGAAAAGUUACCAGGUCAGCAAUAGAACGUGGAAGUGGAGCAGCUGGGACUCGCAGGGGUCUCAUUCCCACAGGAGCAGUAAGCGGCACAAGAGGAGAGUGAUAUUACAUGAGGGGAUAGAGGGAGCACUGCAAGUUGUGUCUUCUGGAGAAAGCAGACCUGUCUUUAGAGGAAGGUAACGCUCCUCACAGGACGUCUCUGCACAGCCACUUCAGAGCGAUCACAGCAAGACAGCCGCAGCAGCAAGACACUUGACCCUACUCUCUGGUCCAUUUGUGUGCCCAAGUGGAUGUAGUUGUGUUUCUCUGAGGGUUUUGCCUUCUUUUUUUUUGUGCUCCAGAGUGAGAAGCAGGGGAGACUUUGGAGAGCGAGUUGUUUUGUCCUGUCAUCUCAGAGACUAUGGUAGACUGUGCAUCAAGGAGUACUUCAUCAGCAGCUGCAGCCCUAGAGCAUGGAGAAGUCCAGCAGUGAGGAGUCAGCCAUUCACCGUAGCCCGUCUGUAGAUAGCCAGGACUCAGAUUUUGCUCAAGCCUCUACAUCUGGCCGCCCAUUUGGCGGCCGUGGGUUCACCGCCGGCGCUUUCUACGGCUCCACGGGGCCGGGCAAAAACACACAGCAGGGGCAGGCUGGAGCGGCAGCUGACGCCAACUCAGGAGACAAGUCCACCAACAAGCUGAGCUCGCCCAAGGGCAGCAAAUACGUGGUCUUUUACCUGGAUCUAUCCUUUGUGUUCCUUUUAGAAUUCAAGAAGUGCAACAUGGCAAGAGGCUGCCUCUGCUGCUUGAAGUAUAUGAUGUUCAUCUUCAAUCUCAUCUUCUGGUUAUGUGGCUGCGGGCUGCUCGGUGUGGGCAUCUGGCUCUCUGUGUCUCAAGGCAGCUUCGCCACCUUCUCACCCUCAUUCCCCCAACUGUCAGCUGCCAACAUGGUAAUCGCCAUUGGAGCCAUUGUCAUGGUAACGGGCUUUCUCGGUUGCCUGGGUGCCAUCAAGGAGAACAAGUGCCUGCUUCUCAGUUUCUUCAUUGUCCUGCUGAUAAUUCUCCUAGCAGAGCUGAUAUUGCUGAUCCUCUUCUUUGUCUACUCAGAUAAGGUGAGUGAGAAUGCCAAGCAGGAUCUGAAGGACGGCCUCGCUCUCUACAACUCAGACAACAACAUAGGCCUGCGAAAUGCCUGGAACAUCAUCCAGGCAGAGUGGAAGUGCUGUGGUGUGAUAGCACACACCGACUGGCAUGAGGCCCUGAAGGAAAAAGUGGUGCCUGACCGCUGCUGUCAGGAGCAUUACCAGAACUGUGGACGCAACUCCACCAACAUGUUCUGGAACACGGGUUGCUUUGAGAAGGUGGAAGAAUGGAUGGAUGAAAACAAGCAUAUGCUGGGAACUAUAGGCAUGGUCAUCUUGGUAGUGCAGCUCCUGGGCAUGGCCUUCUCCAUGACGCUGUUCCACCACAUCCACAGAACAGGGAAGAAGUACGACGCUUAGCCGUGGGAGAGGAGCCCCACUGCCUGAUGGGAUAAGACUCUGAUUCAAACCCCCCUGCUUGCCUAUUCACCCACUUUAGAGCAUCCACUGGCCCCGAGUCACAUCGUAGACCUUCUGUACAGACUCCAGCUGUGUCCCUGCUCUUCCCUGCUCUCUCCUCUUCACCAUUCAUUUUGCCAAAGAGUAACACAACUGGACAACAAGGGACAUCUACUUUUGGCAAAAAAGAGAAUCCCAUUGCUUUUCACUCCUCUUGAGUACCUUUUGGUGUGUUUUGUUUUUUUAGCUCAAACUAACAGUUUGCUGGAAGGAACAACAGACUUUAAGACAAUGAGGACUUAACUAACGCCCCCCCCCCCCCCCCCCCGGCCCUAGGCAAAGCGAACAUAUGAAACUGAUCACACCCUCCACCGACUAUGGAGAUGUUUUGUUCCUCCCUCUUUUCAUUUGUAUAUGGAAAAAAAGUUCCAACAUGGCAUGCUAGUUUUCUACUUCACAGAUUUUACCUUUGUCAUUGAAAUGUCAAAAUGUAUAUCAUCAUUAUUAUUUUCCUGUUUUUUGUGGGUGAGUCUUCAGCGCUCCUGUGGGUUGUGAGUGUUGAACAGAUCAGACUGUGUGUGUGUGUGUGUGUGUGUGUGUGUGUGUGUGUGUGUGUGGGGUUGGUGUUUGAGGUGGCAUUGCUGCAGAGAGGGCACCGACAUGUCGCUGCGGUGUCUAAUGUAAUCCGUGUUUCAUACUUUCAUUCAUUUGGCUGAAGAGAUUUGGUUAAAGUGAGCACGAGGAAUCACGAGUGGAAUUAUGUUCAUAGAAAAUGCGGCAAUAUCCUCUGAAUAAUCAACUGUAAACGUAGCCAUGACACACACAGACACACACACUUACACACAUUGUGCUGCACACAGAGCAGCAGCGUUCCCAUUCCCUGUGAGACGAUACAAAUUGUGUAAAAAUGUGCCAUUUAUUGGGGCUCCAGCAGAACUGUCAAGUGCAGAGGUCUAGUGGGUGAUGAAGUUUCCAUUUUUAGAAUACAGAUCAAAAUGUGCGCGUGUGCGGGGCUUUGCGCGUGUGUGUGUGUGUUUUAUCACACUGUCUCCGCCGUGACAACAAAAUAGGACGUAUAAAUCCUAAGAAGCCGGAGCACAAGGGGCAAAAUCCGAGCUUGUGGAGCUGCCGCCAUCAACUGUGCAAGCAUGUCUUUUCUCUCUCUCCUCCUGUGAUCUCGUACGUCUGCGCUGCCCUCCUCGUUUUCCUUUCUUUUCUUUUCCCGUUUUUGUCUCACAGUUCCUCUGGCGACAUUCCCGCUCGUCACUGCAAGAUUUCGACUUCUCCAAUUAUUGGCGAGCCUCCUUUUUUCUCCCUCUG